AUGGGCGACACCAAAGACAACAUCGCCGGCGCAGAAGAGGCCCAGGUGCAUCCUGAUGCCCCGGUCAAGUUGGCUGCGGAGCAAUGGGCGGGUCUAAGGAGAGUUCCAGACAAACUCCCAACUGUCGCACUUCUGAUCUUGGUUGUUGAGCUCGGAGAGCGCUUCACUUACUUUGGUCUGAGCGGGCCGAUUCAGAAUUACAUCAAUAACCCGUAUGAUCCAAGUUCUGAUCUUCCGGGAGCCCUCGGGCGAGGCCAAGCUGUGGCCACUGCGUUGGGCAACUUCUUCAAAUUCUGGGCAUAUGCAUCGACAGUCAUCGGCGCCGUUAUAGCAGACCAGUAUCUUGGAAAGUUCAAGGCAAUCCUUGCUGCUUGCUCUGUCUACACCAUCGGUCUCAUUAUCCUCGUUGCAACUUCAACACCGCAAGCGAUCACCAGCGGGGCUGGCUUUGGUGGCCUCAUCGCCGCAAUGAUCACCAUCGGUCUUGGUACAGGUGGGAUCAAAGCGAACGUCACGCCCAUGUGCGCCGAACAAUACCAGAACUCCCAUCCUGUCGUGAAGACUCUGAAGUCUGGCGAAGAGGUUCUUGUGGAUCCUGAGCUGACUGUACAACGCUUGUUCAUGUGGUUCUACUGGGUUGUCAACAUUGGCGCUCUGUCACCUCUGAUCACUGUCAACGUCGAGGCUCAUCACUCUUUCUGGUUGGCGUACCUGAUUCCACUCAUUGCAAUUCUCAUAUCCGCAGCCGUCUUCAUCUCCGGCCAGAAGAAAUAUGUGAAGGUUCCACCCGAAGGAUCUGCGAUUGUGGAUGCUUUCCGAGUAACCAGCAUUGCUAUCAAAGAGAAGGGCUUUGAGAAUGCCACCCCCUCGGCGCUCAGAGAGUCUGGUCACGAAAGCAAGUAUGCGAUUGCAAGAGAAGCCAAGUAUACUGACGAAUAUGUCAUGGACGUGAUGAGGGGACUGAACAGUUGCAAGGUAGGAAGAUCUCGAUUAUUUACAAUGAUGUGA